GGAUCACCCUAGUAGAUUGGGAGCAAUCCCUUGUUGAAAUUGUCUUCUAAACACUUAGAGAGAGGGAGACUGAGAGCGGAGACUGCCAUCCCGUCUCCGUGUGUGUAUCCCCGUGCGUUUCCGAAUCGGCUCUGCCUGUGCCUGGCAUCCCAGCCGAGGCACCGGGACCUGGGAGUGCGCCGCGUGUGUCUGCGUCUGUGCCGGCGCCUGCCACGAGUGAGCGGGAGAGCAUGUGCCGGCGCGUGUGUGCGUGAGCGUCUGCGCGCGCGUGUCUCUGUGUGUGUGCGUGAGCGCGUGUGUGUGUGUGUGUGUGUGCCUGCCUGCCUGCGUGAGUCUGUGAGUGAGUGAGAGAGAGUGCACUGUGGAUUUAACCUCACGCUUUAGCCAGCCUGUCUGCAACCCCAGGUACCGCGCUGCCGCCUCUAAAUAACCACGAUAUUCCCCGUCCUCUUAAGGAGGGGAGAUCUGCUGCAGUCUGAACAAGAGGAGCGGGGUGGGAAACAGGCUAAUGUUCACUACAGUAGUGCUGUACUGGAGCCGGUCCGGCUAAUGGCGAAUAGGUAGGGGGCAAGGAGCAGGCGAAAAGUGAGGACUGGACAUCAGAAAGGAAUGAAACGAACAGAGAGAAAGGUCUGAGAAGACUCCAGUGACUCCACAACGUCCACGGUGCCACACUGAGAGGUGCCAUCGGUUGCCGGACCCCGAAGUAGAUGACUGCCAAACUCCCUUGGCCUGGCUGUGACGAACGAGAUCUUCCACUCGAACCCAAAGAAAUCAGCAUCUGUUUGUCCCAAGCCAGUGUCGCAGGAGUGAAUUCAGGGUCAGUUCCGCUGCGCCAGGAGGACGUUUGAACGCUGACGGAAGGCUCUCCCCCGGCUCCACCGGUGGUGAUGUCAUCCUGAGCACCUGUACCCCUCGCACGUGACCAGGGCGUCUCCCUCGGUCACCGCUGUCAGCGCAUCAACCUCACCUGGGCUUCUCUGUUCUGGAAAAAUCCUGGACUUACCCGGAACUCUAGGAAUACAGCACAGUCGCGCGCGCGGGCGCCACGAGCAGCGGUGCCCGGGUGCUGGUCCUGAAAGCUUUACGUUUUAUUUAUUAUUUUUGAAUAAGCAAACAGGCAGAGGUUUCGAACAUUCGCUGCAGCCUUUGGCCUCCGGUGGCCGCCUGUUCGACCCGCUGAGUCUCUGAGAGCGUGACCUUUCUGCCCGCCGGCUUCAAACGGACGCUUGAAAAGAAGACGCAGUCAGAGGGGCUUCUGUCUGGCGGUGACGCAAACCCAAACCCCAUCAGGCCUGGAUGCGAUGAACGCCUCAUGUAGGCAUCAGCAUGGAAAGCUGUGAGUCUCCCGUGGUUUCUGGGACAGACGAUGGGCUCGCCGCCGCCGCCGCCUCCCAGCAACAGCAGCACCCUCCGCAGCCCUGGAACGAUCGCCCUAACGUGCAGGUCCCUCUCAGCAGCCAGCCCCCUUCCCUGGAACCCCUGUCUCUGUCCGCGCCCUACCCCUCCCAGCUCCAGGCCCUCGGCGUGCCCAGAGAGGGCGUGAGAGAGCAGCCGCCCCAGACGCGGACCCCGCCCUCAGCCUCCGGCGACAGCUCCACCCCCCGCCGCCGGCCCAGAGCGAAGGCGCUCGAGGAGGAGGCCGAGGAGGAAGGAGGUAGCUGCGGGGAGGAAGAGGAGGAGGAUGAAGAUUUGGAUGACUUGGAUGAAAUGGAGAUCGACAGCUGUUUCCCGAGUCUGCAGCCCUUCCCCGGAGUGCCCAUGGCUCCGGGGGGAGGGGGCAUGCCCGCUCUCCAGCGCCAGCAGCAGGCACGAAGGAGGGGGAUGACGGAGAGCGGCAGCGAAGAAGGAGAAGAGGAGGAGGAGGAAGAGACCAGCGACGUGGAGAACCUAGCUGGAGAGAUUGUCUACCAGCCUGACGGCUCGGCCUACAUUGUGGAGAGCCUCAGCCAGCUGAUCCAAAGUGGUGGGGGUGCGGGGCCCGGCCUGCUCCCCACAAACUCCCUCCCCAGCGCGGGGAAGCCGGGCGACCCCGCCGGGGCCUCUCCCUCGGUCUACCCUCAGAUCAUUAACACGUUCCACAUAGCCUCGUCGUUCGGGAAGUGGUUCGGCUCUUCAGACCAAGGUUUCCCCAAUACCUCAACCGUGGCAGGCCUGAGUCCUGUCCUGCACAGUUUCCGCGUUUUCGAUGUGCGGCACAAAAGCAACAAGGAUUACCUGAACAGCGACGGGUCUGCCAAGAAGUCCUGCGUAUCCAAAGAUGUUCCCAACAACGUGGAUUUCUCCAAAUUCGACGGGCUGGCCCUCUACGGCAAGGGCAAGCCCAUCCUCAUGUGUUUCCUGUGCAAGCUGUCCUUCGGCUACGCCCGCUCCUUCGCCACCCACGCCGUGCACGACCACCGCAUGACCCUGAGCGAGGAGGAGCGGCAGCUCCUGGGGCACAAGCACGCCUCCGCCAUCAUCCAGGGCAUCGGGAAGGACAAAGAGCCCCUCAUCAGCUUCCUGGAACCAAAAAACAAGAGCUCCGGCGCGCCGCCCACGCUGGUGCCCCUGAGCUCCGGGCAGAGCUUCUACGGCACCUUCAGCGGGGUCCACUUAGAGCCGGGGAGCAGCGGCGGCGGCGGCGGCGGGGGGAGUGGGGCCCUCCUCAAUAAAGACUCGGACUCGGGCGCUGAGCCCGUCCCGCUAGGCUCCCUCCUUUCGCUGGGCGGGCUGGGCAGCUCCAAGCCGCCCUCGCUUACCUCAGCCCCAGGCCCUGCCAAAGACUCCAGCGCCCAGCCUGAGCAGGGAGGGAGAGCAGAGGGGCCGGCUGGCAAAGAGGGGGCCCACAGGGGGGAGAACGCCGACCGGGAGGGGAGGGCGGGCAAGGAGCUCAUGCCUGGCUCGGAGGCGGGCUCGGAGGAGGAUGAGGAACUGUUAGAAGAAGCGGAGGACGAGGAAGAGGAAAGAGGCACUGCGGCGGCCUGCGGCGGCAGCGGAGGAGAGGGGGGGGACCCGGCUGUCUCAAACCAAAGCAUUUCCAAAUCUCCUUUAUUAAUGCCUAGUAGCGCUCUCCAGCCUUCCUCCUGCCCCCCUGCGGCUAGCCCCACGCACAACAGCAAAGCCCCCGCCUCCGCCUCCUCUUCCUCCGCGUCCGCCAGGGCGUCGGAAGCGGGGGCGGCUUCGGACGGCGGGGGGAGGGCCUCCGAGCUCCCUCUGAGCUUUAACUGCCAGGGGCCCGUCCUGCCCGCGGCCUCGACGGCGGCGGCCGGCAGGGGGGGCGAGGACGACGCGACGGCCUGCCCGCCCGCCGCCACCUCCUCCCCUCUGGCCCCCGACGCCGCCGCCGCAGACGAAAGUGCCAAUCGAGAUAGUGCCACAGCUCCUGAACCAAAUGAAAGCCCGGCUGAGGGAGAGGACGACGGCGGGGCUCUCCUGCACCAUCACCACCUCCACCACCUCCACCACCACCACCUGCACCCCUCGCCCCACGCCCACGACCACUCUCACCCCGGGGCGCCCUGCGACCUGGCCGGGGCGGGCGAGUGCCCCCAGAGCCACGGGCUCGGGGGCAGCGGGGUGGAGUGCCCCAAGUGCGACACCGUGCUGGGCUCCUCCCGCUCCCUGGGCGGUCACAUGACCAUGAUGCACUCGCGCAACUCCUGCAAGACGCUCAAGUGUCCCAAGUGCAACUGGCACUACAAGUACCAGCAGACCCUGGAGGCCCACAUGAAGGAGAAGCACCCGGACUCGGGGGGCUCCUGCGCCUACUGCAGCAGCGGCCAGAGCCACCCCCGCCUGGCCCGGGGCGAGAGCUACACCUGCGGCUACAAGCCCUUCCGCUGCGAGGUCUGCAACUACUCCACCACCACCAAGGGCAACCUGAGCAUCCACAUGCAGUCGGACAAGCACCUGAACAACAUGCAGACGCUGCAGAACGGCAGCUCGCUGGCCCCCACGGGCGAGCAGGUGUUCGGGCACGCCCCCAGCAACGUGGUGCCCGUGCCCUCGGCCACGCAGGCCGCCGUCCACCACCACCACCACCCCGCCCAGUCCACUGCCCACGUGGGCGGGGCCUGCGGGGCCCCCUCGCCCACCAAGCCAAAAAGCAAGCCCACGUGGCGCUGCGAGGUGUGCGACUACGAGACCAACGUGGCCCGCAACCUCAGGAUCCACAUGACCAGCGAGAAGCACAUGCACAACAUGAUGCUCCUCCAGCAGAACGUGACGCAGAUGCAGCACGGCCGCCUGGGCCUGGGCGGCCUGCCCUCGCCCUCCGAGGCCGAGCUGUACCAGUACUACCUGACCCAGAACAUGAGCCUCCCCCCGGGCCUCAAGAUGGACCCCUCUGGAGCCGACGCCUCGUACCUGCUGGGCGGGUUCCAUCUGGACCCCAACAUGGCCGCCCUUGCCCCAACACUCGUAGGUGGUGAGAUUCCCAUGGACAUGCGGUUGGGUGGCGGUCAGUUGGUGUCGGAGGAGCUGAUGACCCUGGGGGAGAGCCUGUCUCAGACCAGCGACCCCUCCCUCAAGCUCUUCCAGUGCGCCGUGUGCAACCACUUCACCACCGACAACCUGGACGUGCUGGGCCUGCACAUGGGGGCGGAGCGCAGCCUGCCGGAGGAGGAGUGGCGGGCGGUGGUGGGCGACUCCCACCAGUGCAAGCUGUGCCGCUACACCACGCAGCUCAAGGCCAACUUCCAGCUGCACUGCAAGACCGACAAGCACGUGCAGAAGUACCAGCUGGUGGCGCACAUCAAGGAAGGGGGCAAGGGCAACGAGUGGCGCCUCAAGUGCGUCGCCAUCGGCAACCCCGUCCACCUGAAGUGCAACGCCUGCGACUACUACACCAACAGCCUGGAGAAGCUGCGGCUGCACACAGUCAACUCCCGCCACGAGGCCAGCCUCAAGCUCUACAAGCACCUGCAGCAGCACGAGAGCGCGGUGGAGGGGGAGGCCUGCUGCUACCACUGCAGCCUGUGCAGCUACUCCACCAAGGCCAAGCUCAACCUGAUCCAGCACGUGCGCUCCAUGAAGCACCAGCGCGGCGAGAGCCUGCGCAAGCUGCAGCGGCUGCAGAAGGGCCUGCCCGAGGAAGAGGAGGAGCUCAGCGCCAUCUUCACCAUCCGAAAAUGCCCCUCCGCCGACGCGGGAGAGCUGAGUGAGGAUGUUGAGGGAGCCAGCGAGACCACCACUGACCAGGAGGACCAAACCAAAGACAGGGAGAGUGGGGGGGAGAAGGAGCUCACCAAAGGAGCAGCAGCAGCAUCCAGCCAGGUGGACAGGGAACAGACUGAUUCCCCACUCCCCUCCAAACGCCCUUCCUCAAGGUCUGGGGCAACGGAGAGCCCCCUUUCCUCAAAGCGUCCCAGAACAGCUGACAAGAGCACUUGUGAACAGAUGUACCAGUGCCCCUAUUGCAAGUACAGCAACACUGACGUGAACCGCCUCAGAAUGCACGUGAUGACUCAGCACUCUGUCCAGCCCAUGUUCCGCUGCCCGCUGUGCCAGGACAUGCUCAACAACAAGGUCCACCUGCAGUUCCACCUCACCCACCUGCACAGCGUGGCACCCGACUGCGUGGAAAAGCUCAUCGCCACGGUGACGCCCUCAGAUGUGCUGCCAGCGAGCAUGUUCGUACCGGUUCCAGGCCCAGAGAAAGAUGGGCAGAACCUGCAAACGAUGACCAACUCCAGCUCUGACGAAACAAGGAAACAGACAGAACCCUCAGAAGCAGAGUCUGAGAAAGGGGCUCCCCCUCCCCCAGAGGCCACGGAGGCCCGCAAGUCACCCCUUGAAGAUCAGCAGUCAAUGAAGGAAGAUACUGCUGGUUUCCUGUGUUGGAAGAAAGGCUGCAACCAGGUCUUCAAGUCCUCCAACGCCCUCCAGAUGCACUUCAAUGAGGUCCAUAACAAGAGGCCGCAGCUGCCCGUCUCAGACCGCCACGUCUACAAGUACCGCUGCAACCAGUGCAGCCUGGCCUUCAAGACCGUGGAGAAGCUGCAGCUGCACUCGCAGUACCACGUCAUCCGGGCGGCCACCAUGUGCUGCCUCUGCCAGCGCAGCUUCAGGACCCUGCAGGCCCUGAAGAAGCACCUGGAGACCAGUCACCUGGAGCUGAGUGAAGCUGAUAUCCAGCAGCUGUACGGAGGCUUGCUGAUGAAUGGAGACCUGAUGGUCAUGGGUGACCCAACACUUGGAGAGGAUCAUGUUGCUCUGGGUGAAGAUGAUAAGGAAGGAGAGGAGAGUGACCCUGAGGAGAAGCAAAGCCCAACUGGAAGUGACUCGGGGUCAGUCCAAGAAGAUUCUGGAUCAGAACCUAAGCGUGCCCUGCCAUUCAGAAAAGGCCCCAACUUUACCAUGGAGAAGUUUCUGGAUCCAUCCCGUCCUUUUAAAUGUACAGUAUGUAAAGAGUCUUUUACACAGAAGAAUAUCCUUCUGGUCCACUAUAACUCUGUCUCGCACUUGCACAAGGUCAAGCGAGCUCUGCAGGAGUCCUCCACUGGUCAGCCUGAAUCUACCAGCAGUCCAGAUAACAAACCCUUCAAGUGUAGCACUUGCAAUGUGGCGUACAGCCAGAGCUCCACACUGGAGAUUCACAUGCGCUCUGUCCUCCAUCAGACCAAAGCCCGCGCAGCCAAACUUGAAGCAGCAGGUGGCAGCAGUAGCUCCGUCACUGCUGUUGGUGGAAAUGGAGGGGGUCCGUCAGUUAGCACUUCUGCUCCCAGUCCCAACCCUGCCAGUAACUCAACAACUGCCACAAGCAACAACAGCUCUUCCUCUGGGGUUCAGACUGUUUCGAGCCUUCUGGGAAGUGGACACAUGAACCAGUCUCAUAGCAUUGAAAGCUUGGGAAAUUCUUCAGUAUCCUGUCACCCUCCUCCAUCAGAAAACCAUGAUGUGAAGAAGAAGAAAUUUGCAGAUAUGCUGUCUUCAAGGGGACAGCAGCAGCAGCUGCAGCAACAGCAACAGCAGCAACUGGCUCAGGCCCAAGCUCAGGCCCAGGCUCAGCUCCAGCAAGAGCUGCAACAGCAGGCUGCCAUUCUCCAGUCUCAGCUUUUCAACCCAGCACUUCUUCAGCACUUCCCCAUGACAACAGAAGCUCUUCUCCCACUGCAGCAGCAACAGUUGCUCUUUCCUUUCUAUAUACCUGGAGCAGAAUUCCAGCUGAACCCAGAGAUUAGCCUCAACAGCUCUGCACUUAGUCUAGCCGGUGCCACCACCUCCUCCCUGUUGGAUGACCUGAAGAAUUCUGCCCAACAGGCCCAGCAGAGCUGUCUGCAGCAGCAGCUAAUGCACCAUCAUCUCCAACAGCAGCACCAGCAGCAGGCUCACUCACAGGCUCAGGGGCAGAUGGCUUUGCUCCAGCAGAAUGCAUCUCUUCAGCAUCAGGCAGAAAAAAAGCCUAAACCUGCUCCUCAGGGUGAGAAGGACAGAGACGGGCUGAGGGAUAAAGACAUGAGUGAGAAAUCGGAAGAACAUGUCUCCAAAGAUCCCUUGGACAAUAUGAAAUAUAAAGACAAGAAAGAUCAACAGCAGGCUGCAGUGGGAGGAAACCAUGACCCUGGGUUUCCUCCACCUAGAAUUGCCUCAGAUGCUCGUGGAAAUGCAACAAAGGCCCUCUUGGAGAACUUUGGGUUUGAAUUAGUGAUUCAGUACAAUGAAAACAAACAGAAAGUGCAGAAGAAAAUGUCAGGGAUUGGACCAGCGGGGUCAGGUGGUCAAGCUGGAAUCAGUAGAGUUGUGGAUCCCAUUGAGGGACUUGAAAAGCUGGAGUGUGAGGCCUGUGGCAAGCUAUUCUCAAAUAUAUUGAUUCUAAAGAGUCAUCAAGAGCAUAUCCACCAGGCCUUCUUCCCUUUCCGUUCCUUGGAGAGGUUUGCUAAAGAGUACAGGGAGCAGUAUGACAAGCUGUAUCCUCUGAGGCCCCAGACACCUGAAACUGCUCCUCCACCUCCACCACCACCACCACCCCCUCCACCACCACCCCCACCUCAGCGAGCUCCAACGCCAAAUAUUCCUGUCUCUGCUCCAUCACUUACACCUCCAGCUGUUCCUACUCCUCAGCCUUCUGUGCCCAUGACUCAGAUUCCCAUGCCAAUGGACCUACCUCUCUUUUCACCACUUAUGAUGCAGCCCAUGUCUCUCCAGUCUUUGCCCUCUCAGAUGCCUGCACAGCUGCCCACUGUGGAGUCUGGCCUGGCCACUGAUCUGGCCCACCUCUACCAGCAUCAGCUCACCCCAGCUAUGCUGCAGCAGCAGCAGCAGAACAAGAGGCCACGAACACGCAUUACAGAUGACCAGCUAAGAGUCCUGCGGCAGUACUUUGAUAUCAACAACUCCCCAAAUGAGGAACAGAUCAAAGAGAUGGCCGACAAGUCAGGCCUGCCACAGAAAGUUAUUAAGCACUGGUUCCGCAACACCCUCUUCAAAGAGCGCCAGCGCAAUAAAGAUUCACCGUACAACUUCAACAACCCACCUAUCACUACUCUGGAGGAUACCAAAGUAGAUUCUAAGCCACCAUCCCCGGAGCCCCAGAGACAAGAGUGUUAUGGGAGCAAGAGAUCCUCAAGGACGAGGUUCACUGAUUACCAGCUGAGGGUGCUUCAAGAUUUCUUUGAUGCUAAUGCCUACCCUAAAGAUGAUGAGUUCGAACAGCUCUCAAACCUGCUGAGUUUGCCCACUCGAGUUAUUGUGGUGUGGUUCCAAAAUGCCCGUCAGAAAGCUCGCAAGAAUUAUGAGAACCAGGGUGAUGGAAGCAAGGAUGGUGAGAGGCGAGAGCUGUCCAAUGACCGCUAUAUCCGUACCACGAAUCUGAACUACCAGUGCAAAAAGUGCAGCCUUGUCUUUCAGCGAAUUUUUGAUCUCAUUAAGCACCAAAAGAAGCUGUGUUACAAAGAUGAAGAUGAGGAAGGGCAAUAUGACAGUCAAAAUGAAGACUCUAUGGAUUAUUCACAUGAAUACUAUACCCUAUCAGGGUCAUCCUGUCACACACCUAUGCCCUCAUCCUCUAGCCUUUGCCCCCUCCCCCCAUCCAACUCAGUUUUCUCUCACAUGGCAUCCUCUGAAAAAGAAGAGGCCUCAAUUGCAAAUGCCUCAAACCCUUUUGAUGAUAAGCCUAAACACUUGACUGAAACAUCCUCUGAGUCGAGGGAGAAUCUUGUGUCUGUCAAACAAGAAAGCCCACAGCAGCCACAGACGGAAACGCAGAGGGAACAGAAGACUCCGCGGGAGGACAAGGCGCAGGUAGCUCCAAAGACCACAAAGCUUUCCUCUCCCUCCCCCUCCCAGCAGCAGCAGUGUGGUCCCUCUGUGUCCCGGGCCAGCCCGGGUCCUUCGCAGAGCUCUCAUAUGGCACUGAACCCACUUCUGACAUCUACCCCGCAGCAGCAACAACAGCAGCUUGCCCAGCAAAUGAUCCCUUACCAGUGUGACCAGUGCAAGCUUGGCUUCCCCUCAUUCGAGCACUGGCAGGAGCACCAGCAGCUUCACUUCCUCACAGUGCAAAACCAGUUCAUUCAUCCCCAGUUCCUGGACCGCUCCAUGGACAUGCCCUUCAUGUUGUUUGAUCCUGGCAACCCUCUGCUGGCCAGUCAGCUUAUUUCUGGAGGUAUGCCACAAAUACCCAGCAGCUCUGCAACUUCUCCUUCAACACCUACUUCCACCAUGAACUCCCUGAAGAGGAAACUGGAGGAAAAAGCGGGCACCAGUCCUGGUGAAAAUGACAGCACAAACAGUGGGGAGGAGCCACAGCGGGACAAGCGGCUCAGGACAACCAUCACGCCUGAGCAGCUUGAGAUUCUCUAUCAGAAAUAUCUUCUUGACUCCAACCCCACCCGUAAAAUGCUCGAUCACAUUGCUCAUGAGGUGGGCCUCAAGAAGAGAGUGGUGCAGGUGUGGUUUCAGAACACCAGGGCCAGGGAGAGAAAAGGACAGUUCAGAGCUGUAGGACCUGCUCAGGCACACCGACGCUGCCCAUUUUGUCGCGCUCUCUUCAAGGCAAAGACAGCCCUUGAGGCCCACAUUCGGUCACGCCACUGGCAUGAAGCUAAGCGUGCUGGCUAUAAUCUGUCCAGCAUGCUUCCAGAUCAGGAGGGCAUGCAACUGAAGAUGGAACCUCUGGAUAUUUCCAGCUAUUCACACCUCGGCCCAUCUAACAGUGAUGGACAUUGUUCCUCUCUGUCACCAGUGAGCAAAAGCAUGGAUCUGUCUCCCAGGGCUCUGUUCAGUCCAACAUCCAUCAAGGUUGAAGGGAUGGAGGACUUUGAAAGCCCAACUAUGUCCUCAGUCAAUCUGAGUUUUGACCAGAACAAACUAGACAACGAUGACUGUUCCUCUGUGAACACAGCUAUCACUGAUACCACCACUGGUGAUGAGGCUAAUGCUGACAAUGACAGUGCAGAUGCAAAGCACAGUCACAACAGUGGUGAUUUUCUCUCGAAAUCUGGGGUUACAGCCCCCUCUCUUGAGAAUGAUGACCAAAUGUCAUCAGGGCUGGUGAGCCCUGCAACAAGUUAUUAUGCCAAGGACUUUGAAAAUGAAACCAUGGUGGACUACAGUGAGACCUCAAGUUUGGCAGAUCCUUGUUCACCAAGCCCUGGAGCUUCUGGGAGCAGGAGCACAGAUGCCGGGGACCGCCCAGGCCAAAAGCGCUUCCGUACCCAGAUGACUAAUCUACAGCUGAAAGUGCUCAAGUCUUGUUUCAAUGACUACAGGACUCCCACCAUGUUAGAAUGUGAGGUACUCGGCAAUGACAUUGGACUUCCAAAGAGAGUUGUCCAGGUGUGGUUCCAGAAUGCUCGUGCCAAGGAGAAGAAAGCCAAGCUGAGCAUGGCAAAGCACUUUGGCAUCAACCAGACAUCAUACGAGGGACCCAAAACGGAAUGCACUUUGUGUGGCGUCAAGUACAGCGCCAGACUUUCAGUGCGAGACCACAUCUUCUCCCAGCAGCAUAUAGCCAAGGUGAAGGACACCAUUGGGAGCCAACUGGACAAGGAGAAAGAAUACUUUGACCCGGCCACAGUACGCCAGCUAAUGGCUCAGCAGGAAAUGGAUCGAAUUAAGAAAGCUAAUGAGGUCCUAGGAAUAGGACAGCAGCAAGCCAUGCAGCAACAAGGGAUGUUUGACAGCCCUGCCCUGCAGGCUCUAUCUUCGGCCUACCCCACUCUGCAGGGGAUUUCCCCUGUCCUCCUGCCAGGGGUUGGCAGUCCCUCUUUACCAGGGUUCUCUUCAUCAAACACAGCUUUAACACCUCCAAAACCUCCAAACCUCCUGAACAUGCCUGGUGCCAGCGUCCCUUCACCAAGUCUCCCUACAUCUGGAUUACCCAACAAACCUCCCUCCUCUUCCUCCUUGGCCUCAUCCAGCCCAGCCCAGGCUAGCACCUCCACCACCCAUUCUACCCCCACCACCACCUCCACCUCUGUGGCCACGCAGCAAGGCCCAAGGCCUGAACCCCCCAAAGAGCGUGAUGCUGAGAGGUCCAGGGAAAAGGACAAGCCCAAGGAGAAGACCGAGAAGCCCUCCACACCGUCCUCGACAGGGGGCACCCCAGCACCCUCCACCUCUGCCGCCAGCGCUAAGAAAGAGAAGCCCGAUACUGCUGUUCCUGCCACCUCCAUGCCAACACCUGGUAUGGAGUAUGUUGUGGAUCCAGCUCAGCUCCAGGCCCUGCAGGCUGCCCUAGCGUCAGACCCCACAGCUCUGCUUACGAGUCAGUUCUUACCCUAUUUCAUGCCUGGCUUUUCACCAUACUAUGCGCCACAGAUACCCGGGGCUCUCCAAGGUGGCUACUUGCAGCCAAUGUAUGGCAUGGAAAGCUUGUUCCCAUAUAACCCAGCUUUGUCGCAGGCUCUGAUGGGGCUGUCCCCAGGGUCCUUGCUCCAGCAUUACCAGCAAUAUCAGCAGAGUCUGCAAGAGGCACUACAGCAGCAGCAGCGGCAGCUUCAGCAGCAGCAAAAACAGCAGCAGCAGCUUCAGCAGCUCCAGCAACCCAAAGUUAGCCAAACUCCUGUUCCCCCCCGAACCCCAGGGACCCCAGACCGCAAAGAAUCUGCCAAAGAUCCAGCAAAAGCUGAAGAGCAGAAAGGCACUCCCUCCUGUGAGACCUCUUCCUCCUCCUCCUCCUCCUCCCACAAGAACCUACCCUCUGAGCAGCACGAGAUAGACAGCAAAGGCGUGGACAACCUUUUUGACCAGUACAUCGUCCCCAAGGUGCAGUACCGGCUGGCGUGCCGCAAAUGUCAAGCUGUCUUUAUAAAUGAAGAGGCAGCCGUCAGCCACCUGAAAUCGAUCUGCUUUUUUGGUCAGUCUGUGGCAAAUCUGCAAGAGAUGUUGCUUCGGGUCCCCAGCGGUGGGAGCGCAGGGGAAGGCAGCCUGUAUGACUGCCUAGCCUGCAACGCUACGCUGGACGGGGACAAAGCGCUAAGUCAACACCUGGAGUCGGCCUUGCACAAACACAGAACAAUCAAGCGAUCAGCCAGAAAUGCCAAAGAGCACGCUUCUAGUUUAUUACCUCACUCUUCAGCCUGCUUCCCCGAUCCUAACACCGCAUCUACCUCGCAGUCUGCCACUCUCCCAAACAACAGCCCCCCUCCUCCGCCAAUGUCAUCAGCCACCAUGCCGUCCUCCUCUGUCUCUUCAUCCUCGUGCUCCUCUUCCUCCAUGGCCACCUCCCCGCACACCACAGCUGCCGGCAAACCCUGGCCCCAGGCCCCUUUUUCCAGAGCUUCAGCUGGGAAGCCCAAUGCCACUUCUCCUUCUACUUCUCCUUUUUUUCCUCCGGUAUCCUCACCUUCAACGGUUACCUCAAGUUCAUUGAGCACCUCAGGGGUUCAGACCUCGAUACCAACAGACGUCUUUACCGACGAGUCUGACUCUGACAGCAGUCAGAAGUCAGCAGACAGGCUGAGCCGGCCAGCGGAGGAGCCGCAGCAGCCCAGCUGUCUCAAAGACAGUAGUAGUUGUAGUAGUAAUCUCGCUAGUGUAGGAACGGACUCCAUCCGAUUGUAAAAGAGCUUUCAACGAUGGACAAUAUUUAAAAAAUACAAAAGACAAAAAAAAAAUCAAAAACACAAGAAAACAAACAAAAAAAAAAGCAGC